UGAGGCAUAGCAUAGAGAGAGAGAGCUAGCUUCAUAAGAUUAGUGUGAGAGCAAGAAGUACGUUGCGAGCACACGUCGUUUUGGAGCGGAAUGGUAUGAAUCCAAAAGGCUCCGCCAAUUCCCAAUCGAGCUCGUUGAUUAUCGUUCUGAGCUACCGAGGUGCAGUGACCAGUUGCUUAUGCAUCUUUUGGAGACGGGUGUGUGAUACAAAUUUAUGAGCUCCCUGUUGCUAAUGGAGUGGAAUGAGAAAUCCGCCUCACAGUGGGAGUGGGAGAACCUAUUCAUGUUCAAUACAAAAGCAACUGAAAAUUCUAAAUUGCAACCAACAGAAUGGGGUAUGGAAGGAGAUCAAGGAAUUAAUUCUGUUUCUUUUUAUGCAUCCGGGAGUGGUAGAGGUAGUGGUGGGUCUGACCCUGAGCUGGGAUAUACUUCUCUAUCAAAAAGCUCAAAAUCAGCUUCUGUAAAUUCAUCAAUAGGUGAAAGUAAGGCAUCCAAACUCACUUUCGAGGCAUUCGGAGGUUUUCCAAAUGGUUUAAACAGUAAGAAAGAGUUGGCCAAGGUUGAACCAAAUGAAACUUCUCCAACACUUGAGCCUUCAUCUGGUUCUGGUGAGCCAUUGCUCAGUCUAAAGCUUGGUAAGCAGAUGUACUUUGAAGAUGCUUGUGUAGGAGGCAAUACAGAGUCCUCAAGUUUAUCUAUGAUUCCCAUGUCAUCCAACACCGCAGCUAAGAAAUUUAAGUCCAGUUAUCAGGGUACACACCCACCACACUGCCAAGUUGAAGACUGUAACCUUGACCUCUCAUCAGCAAAAGAUUACCAUCGCAAACACAGAGUUUGUGAAAGUCAUUCCAAAUCCCCAAAGGUCAUUGUAGGUGGUCGGGAACGUCGGUUUUGUCAGCAAUGUAGCAGGUUCCAUGGUCUGUCCGAGUUUGAUGAAAAGAAGCGAAGCUGUCGCAGGCGUCUUUCUGAUCAUAACGCUAGGCGGCGCAAGCCACAGCCAGAAGCAGUCCGGUUAAAUUCAGCAAGGCUGCCUUCAUCACUUUAUGAUGGGAAACAACAGAUGAGCCUUGUCUUUGACAGAGUGCCACUUGUUUACUCAAGGGCUGCUGCUAAUUUGACUUGGGAGGACAUAUGCAGCGGUAAGUUUACCCAAUCAAAAGAGCAUCCUCUGAAGCCUGUGAAAGCAAGAGACACUGAUAUGCCAUUGCAUUUGCCCAGCAAUGAAAUGCCAAGCGUCAUCACGACACUCUGUCAUGAUUCCACUAUGCUCUUGCCAUCCAAGGGCACCAUAUCUGAGGUUCUCAACCCAGGUUUACAAGAACCCAUGACCUCCACCGAGCUGGAUGCAACACAGGUUUUUGGACGUGCUCUCUCUCUUCUGUCAACCGAUUCUUGGGGUUCACGUGAGUCAAAACCAGCUCCGCACCCACACGCCAACCAUACAAGUCAUUCUAGUAUGCCGCAGCCUGUGAUGACCGAGGGCUUGCCACAUGCUUCAUCAGAACAAUGGCGGACCUUACAGCAGUCCACUGAUUCCCGGUCUCAUAUCUUUAGUUCAACCAAUAAUGGCAGCAGCCAUUUUCAAGAAUUUCAGCUGUUCAAAGCGCCAUACGAGUUUGGCUUUUGAUCCAACCAAUUGGAUUGACAAACACAAUACCCAUCCAACUGUUUCUAGACUAAUUACCUCACAUAUAUUCAGGUGAGUUCUCUUUUGGUUUUUCUUUAGUUUACAGUGCCUCUAUCAGAUGUUUGGUUAUUCCUAAUAGGUUAACGAGUGUGUAUAUGCAUGCUUGCAGACAGGCCUAUGUGACUCAUCUGGAAGUUAAUUCCAUGGCUAAAAGUUAGUUCCCUUUCUUUUUCUGCUUUUUUAGACGCAUAUCCGAAGUUCUCUUAACAGGAAUUCCAAAUAUGUAUGGGAACAUUGCACGACUUAACAUUUAGCUCUGUGCUAAAAAUAUCUUUCUUGUGUCUAGAAACACUGCAAGUAGAGGGCCAUUAGUUUAUACAAACACUCUUAACCCGUUUACUUCAAGGAAAUUUCAAAGUAGGGAAGGAACCCUAUUGCUUGUAAAAUU